GGUUCUUUAGCUUUCUCUCUUUCACUUUCCUCAGGUGACAUUCUCACCUGUUUUCUAACUCCAUCCCAUCCUGUCCACUCUCCCAUGGAAACCCAUAAGUCCUUGCUAUUCUUUACCAAUUAUGUUCUCUUUCUAGUCUUUACACUUUCUUUUCUGCCUAUACCAGGUCUCCUUGCUUCUCGUUUGAAUCCUUUUGAGCCUGGUAUUUUGAUGCCUACUGAAGAAGCUGAACCUGUACAAGUUGAUGAUGAUGAUCAACUUGGUACGAGAUGGGCCGUUCUUGUUGCUGGUUCAAUGGGUUUUGGAAAUUACAGGCAUCAGGCUGAUGUUUGCCAUGCGUAUCAAUUGCUAAGGAAAGGUGGGUUAAAAGAAGACAACAUAAUAGUAUUUAUGUACGAUGAUAUAGCAAAGAAUGAGUUAAACCCGAGGCCUGGGGUUAUUAUCAACCAUCCUCAAGGAGAAGAUGUAUACGCUGGUGUACCUAAGGACUACACGGGGGAGCAUGUCACUGCCAAGAAUCUGUAUGCAGUAUUACUUGGUGACAAGAGUGCUGUCCAGGGUGGAAGUGGCAAAGUUGUGGAUAGCAAGCCCAAUGAUAGGAUUUUCUUGUACUAUUCUGACCAUGGUGGUCCUGGAGUUCUCGGGAUGCCAAAUCUGCCGUAUUUGUAUGCAAUGGAUUUUAUUGAGGUUUUGAAGAAGAAACAUGCAGCUGGGGGCUACAAAAAAAUGGUUAUAUAUGUAGAAGCUUGUGAGAGUGGGAGUAUUUUCGAAGGGAUCAUGCCGAAAGAUGUGGACAUUUAUGUCACCACAGCAUCAAAUGCACAAGAGAGCAGCUGGGGAACUUAUUGUCCAGGGAUGGAGCCUUCUCCUCCCCCAGAAUUCACCACUUGUUUGGGGGAUUUAUACAGUGUUGCCUGGAUGGAGGACAGCGAGUCGCACAAUCUGAAGAAAGAAACAGUAAAGCAACAAUAUAGCUCGGUAAAGGCUAGGACAUCUAAUUACAACACAUAUGCUGCUGGAUCUCAUGUUAUGCAAUAUGGCAACCAAAGCAUCAAAGCAGAUAAGCUCUAUUUGUUCCAAGGUUUUGACCCUGCAAGUGUGAACUUCCCUCCAAAUAAUGCCCAUCUAAAUGCACCUAUGGAAGUUGUUAACCAAAGAGAUGCAGAGCUUCACUUUAUGUGGCAGCUGUACAAGAGAUCAGAAAAUGGGUCGGAGGAGAAGAAAGAAAUCCUUCAGCAGAUAAAAGAUGCAAUAAAGCGUAGGAGCCAUUUAGAUAGUAGCAUGCAAUUAAUUGGAGAUCUGUUGUUUGGACCCAAAAAAGCUUCUGCCAUUCUUAAAUCUGUCAGAGAACCUGGGUCGCCUCUCGUAGAUGACUGGGGCUGCUUAAAAUCAAUGGUUCGUGUAUUUGAAACAUACUGUGGUUCGUUGACACAGUAUGGCAUGAAACACAUGCGUACAUUUGCCAAUAUCUGCAAUGCAGGGGUGUCCCACACCUCGAUGGAAGAAGCUUGUAAUGCUGCGUGCAGCGGCCAUGAUGCAGGGCAAUGGCAUCCUACAAAUCAAGGUUAUAGUGCUUGAUGGCACCAAGUAACUUUGUUAGUGGAUAAUAUAUGACGAGGAAAUGUUAGAAUUGUUCUAUGUAGUAGCACUUUUUUGUUGACGCCUAGGUGGUUUACAACACAUAGUAGCCUGUAAAAACUGUAUGUAGUUUUAAAACUACAACUAUACUAACAGGCUUUAAUAUACCAGUGUGGUUCUGUUC